AUGUAUUUGCAAAGCCCGCGGCCAUUUGGCCAGCAUUCAACAUCGUACCGCUCGAUGGGCAAUAGCAUGCGGUCAUCCACCAGCAUGACUAAUUUGCAAACAUCGAAUGCGGAAAGCGGACGCGCUAGCGCACCGCCAGCAGAUCUGACAGUGGUUUAUGAAGGAGUUGGCCAUCGUCGUGGUCCUUUUUCAGGCCUGCCCACUAACCAGACACCAUUUGGCAGUGAAGUCACCGAGCAGACUGGAAUUUCGCAAGGACCAGGAUUUGCUGGUGCGACCAGAAAGACGUUGAUGGAGGAUCGUGGAAGUGGCGGUUCAACGGCGGACGGCGCUCCGACGCUGCUCCCAAAUCGCCGCAUUUAUCAUAUGCGAAAAACGACAUCUCUGCAGAAUGCUGCCACUCCAACCGGAGAUUUUGAUCAAAAUUUUAUUGGACCAAACUCAGAAGCUUCAGCACAAAAUGUCACAGUUGUACCUAUUCAUCGCACUGUUGGCCCGAACAGGCAGCCUCCGCCGUGGGCACGUCCAGUGCAGCCGUCAUCACAGGAGCAGAUUCUGAGGCCUUAUCAC